GGGUGCACGUGUGACGUCGUUUGUGUGACGUAGUUCGGGUGCGUGUGUAGUAGUCCGUGGUUGGUUUAUGGGGCUCCAGUGUGUUUUGGGGUCGAUGUGAAGGCGUCUGUGCUGUGUCCAGGACUGGUAUUAUCCAUGGGAAUGUGUCCUGGUCCCCUCGCCGGGAAGGUUUACCUCAGAGGAGGCAGACUGAGGGCUCAUACCUCAAAUAUUUACCUCAUAAACAGAUGGCUGGCGCUUGUCAGAUGAUGGGCCAUGUGGAGCAUUGGUGAAAAACUAUCGCUGCUUUAAAGUUCCUGCAACAUGAGCUGUCCAGAGAAGACCGGGGAGUGCUCCCCUCCACCAGCUAAACAGAGGAGAGUUUUGGAGACUGAGGAAAAGAACAAUGGCGUUCGUGAUCUACCGGAUAGUCAGGAAGCUGAAGCUGCUCAGGCUUUAUGGGAGAUGACUAAAUGGAGAGAGAAUGCUGAAGAGAAGGAGCAGCCAGGCAAUGUUAUUCCACACACUCCAGAAAAUGGCACAGUAGAAGACCCUCAUGCAAGACUACCUGUGUGUACACCAGAGAGGGGAGAUACAGGGGAAAGCGCGACAGGAACCCCUCACAUCCCUGAAGGUGGUGAAACUGGAGAGAAGAAUACAACACCAUCCAAGCAAGACCCCUUAAAAAGAGAUGCAACAGGAAAUGGCGAAUCAGAAGAUCAGCGGAGAAAAUGUGUACAGCCGAGCCUAGAGAUAGCAGACUCAGAAGAGCCUGCUGUUCUGUCACCCCUUUCCUCAGAUUCUGAAGCGGGUGACAACCCAUCGUGCAGCGAGGGUGAUGAGUGUUGCAUUGUUUCUGUUGGCACCCAGGCUACUAGUACUGAUCGCUCCCUGCAGGCUCUGGAGUCAGUGCAGCAAGAACUGAGGUCAGUAAAUGAGCGGGCGGACCGGGCCCUGCUGCAACUGAAACGGAGAUAUGGACAACUCAGAAAACCACACAUCCAGAAACGCAACUCCAUCAUACGUACCAUCCCGGGCUUUUGGGUCACUGCUUUUCUGAAUCACCCACAACUUUCUGCUAUGAUUGAUGACCGUGAUGAAGAUACAUUAAGUUACAUGAACAAUUUACAGGUAGAGGACUUUACACACUUAAAGUCAAGUUGCAAGAUAAAAUUUUAUUUCAACUCCAAUCCUUACUUCAAGAAUGAUGUCAUCAUCAAGGAGUUUCAGUAUGGUUCUUCUGGGCGCCUCACAUCUCAUUCUACUCCUAUUCAAUGGUGGCGAGGACAGAACCCAUCAUAUAGCGGCAAAAACAGUUCUACGCCAAGCUUUUUCAGUUGGUUUUCUGAUCAUAGCUUUCCUGCUGCAGAUCGUAUUGCAACAAUAAUCAAAGAAGAUCUUUGGCCAAAUCCGCUGCAGUAUUACCUUAUUGGUGAGGGUGAAAGUGACGAUCAUCCAGCAGAGGACAGUGAUCCAGACAACACAGAUGAUUGUGUUGUUAUUGUGGAUGACGAUGAUGAGGAUGAUGAAGAGGAAGAUGAAGGAGGAGAUGAAAAUGAGGAAGAUGAUGAAGAGGAUGAUGAAAAUGAUGUUCAUGAAAUAUCUGAUAAUACAGAAAAACACACAGAAGGUACUGAUAAUGAUGAUGAUGAUGAUAAUGAUGAUGAUGAUGACGAUGAUGAUGAAGAGGACGAAGAAUCGGUGCCUGAAGAAAUGGUGGAAUCAACUGUUGUUGAUGAGACAGACAACAUUGUGCUGGAUGCAGACGAUUCAGAAAACUCCUCAGAAGAAGGCGGCGGUGAUUCUGAGUAGGAUGCAAGGAAGAUGUUGACUAGUUAAAUAAUUAGUAGGUGCAGGGAAUCCUUCACCCAACUAGGAGGCAAGUUGCACUACAGGGAGUAAGGUUUGUAGGAAACUUGGUGAAUUCCACUGGCAUAGGAAAAAAAUAUACAAAUACUUGCGGGGCUUCUCAUGCCCAGCUCCACAAGCAUGUUUGAUCAGGGACAACCCAUUUAUACGCUUUUCUAGUUAACGUAGUGGGAAAGUGGACAUCGGCUUCUAUCCCAUUGCAGUAUCCAUAGCGUUUGCACUGCAAAGUAGGCACACAGGAGCCAAAUACUGGAUUUGUUAAGGAUGAACUCUAAUUUAAAAAAAAGAAGCUAUUUUAUCAGUGAAUUUUAAGAGUUUUCUUUUUUAGAUAAAUAGAUAUUUGCAUUUUUUAUAAUUCAGGUUUUUAUUUUUUUUUUUUUUUAUUUUUUUUUAUUUUUUUUUUUUAAAGCUUAAUAUGUUAAAUUGGCACCAAGAUGUGCCACCAAAAAAUAGAGGGGAAAAAAACAAAAAAAAAACAUAACCCCACAAAGCACCAAAUAGUGCUCGGCAGGCCACAGUGGGUAAGCUUUUUCAUUUCUUUUUUUCUUUGAAUACACACAGAGAAGAUCUCUAAAUACAGGGUCGGUCUUUUCAUCGGGCAGUUAUAUUUAUGACUUCAUUGCAGUUCAUUCCACAUCCGUGUCGUCUGCUGUGGUCCUCAACCAUAUUUCUCCAUGGCAAAGCUCUCUCUUUACAAACCCCGACGCUUCAUCACAUGGACUACACCUUUAAAACCUCAGUCCCGUCUUACUCCAUUGACACUUAGCAAAGCUGUGUUUCUCCUAGCACAAUAGUGUGUACACUGGCUUAGUGUGUAUGUGUGUAUUUAUAGAAAGAGAGUUGAUUGCUAAAGAACUUGGAUUACCAUUCUGCUUGUGUGCUUAGUAGGAUGUGGUACAGCAACGGUGGUUCAACGUCCACAGUGUCGAGCGCUGUAAGUAGCUGCAGCAUUUUAGCAGAGGCACAAUCCUGUUAUAUGUUGUAAUUCACAUGCAGAGAUAUUUUAAUAUUUGUGAAGUCUUCUUUAUUGAGACAUACUCACAAGUAAGGGUACAG